AUGCAACUUCAACAAUCUUUCCUCUAUUUUUUACUUACCUGGGCAGCUUCUGCUCAGUUUAUGGGUAAAAUCGAUAAUGAGCAAGCUGGUGGAGACUUCGCAGUUGUCGAUGACAAGAUUGGAGAAACUCAUGCUCCUGAAGUUGUUAGACCAGAGAAUGGAGUUUACUUAAAUCCUGUUCAUGUCCCUUCUACAGAAGAAAACAACCGUCCUUCGGUAAAGGAUAAGAUGGGAAAUAUGCUCCGCCCAGCUUGGGACUUCAUUCAGAACGUGGGUGAACGCGUCGACGAAAUGUUCGAAAAUGUCGAAGACGAGAUUGAUCAGACGUUUGAUUCUCCCAAACAUAAAGACAUGGAAGACAAGAAAAAACAUUGCCCCUGCAAAGGCCGCAAAGCUAAUGACUUGGAUUCUAACGAGAAACCGAUGAAGGGAGAGGAUGAUGGUGCUUUCUUCUCAAAAUAUCCUGAAGAAAAGCCAAAGGAUCGUGAUCACAAGAGGAAGCAUAAGAAACCUCUUCAUAAGAAGAAGAUGGGCCAUCAUAAAGAGUCUGAUGUGGACGAAGAGUUCCCUGCCCCCCCUCCUAAGAAGACCAAGAAUGAUAAAAUGAAGCACCACAAAUCCAAAGAGGAGAAGAAGGAUCCGAAAAUGGAGGAUAGUGAAUUCGAUGGCACACAACGCGAUAUCCUCAUCUUAGAAGCCUUUGUUGAGCUUAUGCAAGUUGGCAAUGCUGAUAACAUCGCUGAGGAGUUUGCCAGCUUCUUAGAAGCCCUUGACAUUGAAUAUUUUGGCAACAUGCCCGUUCACAUUGCAAGAGAUGCGUCCGACGAACAAAAGAAGUCUUCCUUCAAGGAAGAGGGUAUUUGGGAUUUGAACAGUCUUACCCCUGAGCAAUUUGCUUACCUCGAAAUGCUUAAGGCUGCUGACAUCGACCCCGAGACUGCAUUCCAGCAUUCUCCUUCCAUGCUUGAUUAUCCAAAGGGAAGUAAGGACAAGGAAGGUGUUUAUUUUGCCAAGCAAGAAAACGGUGAACACGUUAAUAUGAAGGCUUUCCCAAAUCAUACGUUACGUAUCAAGAAUUCAACUCCAGAGUCCCUUGGUAUCGACUCUGUUAAGCAAGAAACUGGUUAUCUUGAUGUUGAUGAUGACAGACAUCUUUUCUUUUGGUUCUUUGAAUCUCGCAACGAUCCUGUGAACGAUCCCGUGGUUUUAUGGUUGAACGGUGGCCCAGGCUGCUCUUCCAUGACUGGUUUGUUUAUGGAAUUGGGACCUUCUCACAUCAAUAUGGAAACACUCAAACCCGAAUAUAAUCCUCAUAGUUGGAACUCUAAUGCUUCCGUUAUUUUCCUUGAUCAACCUAUUGGUGCCGGCUUUAGCAAUGGUGAUGGUUCUGUCCUUGACACCAUUACUGCGGGUAAGGAUGUAUAUGCUUUCUUAACCUUGUUCUUUGCCAAGUUCCCUCAAUAUGCUCAUCUUCCAUUCCAUAUCACUGGUGAAUCUUAUGCUGGUCAUUACAUUCCUCAAUUUGCCAAAGAAAUUAUUGAACACAACCAAGGUGCUAACGAUUUUGUUGCUACCGGUUAUGAAUACCAAAAGUCUUACAUAAACUUGAAGGGCGUUGCUAUUGGCAAUGGUCUUACUGAUCCUCUUGUUCAAUACUAUUAUUACGGAAAAAUGGCUUGCGAGAACCCAUACGGCCCUAUUUUGCCUCAGGAGCAAUGCGACCGUAUGACUGAUGCAUACGGUACUUGCUCGAAGUUGAUCAGUGUUUGCUAUCAAACUGGUUUCACUCCCAUCUGCAUCGGUGCUUCUCUUUACUGCAACAAUGCCAUGAUGGGUCCUUUCCAACAAACUGGUUUGAACGUCUAUGACAUCCGUGAAGAAUGCCGUGACCCCGAAAACAUGUGCUACUCUGAAACCGGUGCUAUCGAAAAGUACCUGAACCAGGAAGAAGUUAUUGAAGCUCUUGGUGUUGAACAAGGUUUCAAGGGUUGCAGUACAGAAGUUAACAUUGGAUUCUUAUUCAAGGGUGAUUGGAUGCGCAAGACAUUCCGUGAUGAUGUUACUGCGAUCUUGGAAACUGGUCUACCUGUCCUUAUUUAUGCUGGUGAUGCUGACUUCAUUUGCAAUUAUAUGGGCAACGAAGCCUGGGCUGAUGCUUUGGAGUGGAGUGGACACAGAGAAUUCUAUGAGGCAAACUUGGCUCCCUGGAGUCCUGCUGGAUCUGAAGCUGGCCGUGGUAAGACCUAUAAGAACUUUUCUUACCUUCGCAUUUACGAAGCUGGCCACAUGGUGCCUUUCAAUCAGCCUGAAGCUAGUCUCGAGAUGUUGAACCAAUGGUUAGAUGGACAGCUUCAAUUUUCUGCUUAA